CCGUGAGGUUGGACGUAUAGGGGGCGAGACGAAGAAAAAUGUGAUGUGGGAAGCUAGUAUGUGGCGGUGAAAUUUGACAUUAUCACCAUGAAUUAUUUUCUGUUAUUGUAAACUCGUCAAUCUAGUCUUUUCUGAAGUCAGACCGAGCAGUGCUGUGAGACACACGGAGACAACAGGGUGUGUGAGAGGCUUUUUCAGCUGUUUUUACAGCGGAGCAGGGACUCCCUAGUAACCGUUAGUUUUUUUUCCCCCACCGCAGCAAGAAUGCCGCGAGACAACAAAACUGCCCUGAUCCAGAAAAUAGCGAAGCAGGCCUUUAUCACGUUUAAAGACUGCAGAUCUGCGAACAACGGGGACGGAAGCGUCGUUGCGGACAAGGUCAAUGAACUCAUCUCCUUAGUGACCUCCGUCCGGGCCAAGGACCUGAAAAUUAUUCCUCUGAAAAACAAACCGAGCUCCGGCGCAGCUGCACCUCAGAGCCCCCCAGUCACCUACAUGCAUAUCUGCGAGACGGAGGUGUUCAGCAUGGGGGUGUUCUUGCUAAAGGCUGGGACCUCCAUCCCGCUCCAUGACCACCCAGGAAUGAACGGGAUGCUCAAGGUCCUGUAUGGAAAGGUGAACGUCAGGUGUUUGGACAAGCUGGAGAACAGUCUUCCUGUCCCACCUCGUCUGGAGCCGGCCCUGGCUCCGCUGCAGACGGCGGUGGUGUGGCGCUCCGUGCUCCGCUCCGUGGCUGAAUACUCUGAGAACAGCGGGCCAUGCCUCCUCACGCCCGUACGGGAUAACCUCCACCAGAUCGAUGCAGUGGACGGACCGGCUGCUUUCCUGGACAUCCUGGCUCCUCCCUACAACCCGGACGACGGCCGGGACUGUCACUAUUACAGAGUCCUGCGGAGCGAGGCCGAGCCGGUGACGGGUGCAAAGGUCGACCAGGAGCAGCUGGGAGACAAGGAGAAUGAAGGAUGGCUUUUUGAAAUCCCCCAGCCGGAGGACUUCUGGUGUGGGGGGGAACCUUACCCAGGCCCUGUAGUCUCGAUCUGAGCCACACCCCUCCUACUGGAACAAUACCCAGAGAUGCACUCAUCCAUCUACCAGGAAUUCUGACUUUCUGUAGCCAUUCCAGAGAAUCCACCUAUGAAGUGAGAAUCAGCUGGAACACUCUGCUCCUGAACUAUACAGGAAAAGGUCUGGAAGGUGGCCAGGAAGGGACACUCCUUAUCUGAUAUUAUAUUUCUUUGAAUCAUAUAUUACCUUGUACAAAGAUGAAUGUCAUUUGCCAAACAAUGUGUGAAUAAUGUGUUAUGGUUAGAAACGUGGUAGCUUUUCCCAUGAAGUCUGCUGCAGAGGACCUCCGCAUCGUGACGUCUUUAUGCCAAAGCUUGCUCCUGCCUUAUUGUGAAUAUUUGUAUACCUAGCAAUGAUGCUAUUUUUAUUGAAUACUUUUAGUCCUUCUUCCCAAGUGCCCACAUUACAUUCUAUAAAACCUGGUUAAACCUUAAACUUGUUUAUAUAUCAAGGUUUCCAAAUAGUUAUGGUUUAUUUGAUAAAACAGAAAGCUGCUGCUUUGUGAUGUUUUGAUGUAUUGUCACUUGACUUAUUUUGACUCAAUCCAGACGGAGACAGCAUGUUAAAAGCCUAAUGAAGUGUUAGAAAUGACAUAAAAUGCUACUUUGACUCUCUAUCAUUCCUAUCAUGCUACUGUAUGCUACCUAACCUUAUUGUGUGCCUUCUUCUGAGUCUACACAGUUCUGUAUAUCUGCCAUAAUUAUUGUUUUCCUGUUGAGUGUAAAUGGAGUAAUAAAUAUGCAGCAACUUUA